AUGGUGCAGCACGACUUUGCCGGCCUCGACACGCCGCGCACCAAUGCUGGCGAUGCCACCUACCUGGAUCGCCAGCCCGACUUCGACAUGACCUUGGAGCCCUCGUUUCAGUCGCCCGCCAAGGACGGCAAUGUCCUACACCAGCUCAAGAACCCCCGCGCCGCCCGCCCGAGCCUCAGGACGCCGCGCGCCUCCCGCGCUGCCCUGGCCGACGUGCGCAAUCAGUUUCCCGCAGGCAUCGGCGGCGCAGAGUUCACCCCCAUGCUCAAGUCCGCCACCAGGAAUAGCGCCCGCAAGUUCGGCAAGGAGAACCGCAGGAGCAUCACCACCCCGGCCGCCCUCGGCAGGAUCAGCGAGGACAUGGACCUGACCAACGUCGCCGUCGAGUCGUCUCUGUACGGCCCCUCGAGGGGCAGCAACUCGUACAUAGACGCCACCCCCAUGCCCCACGUCCCCGACGACAGCAGCAUCGCCUCCACUCCCAUGGUCCUGCCUCCCCGCCGCGGCGCCGACAAAGGCCCCCUCAACGACGGUAAUCAGCUCUCCCUGCGCGAACAGGAAAACGUCAUCGAUAGGAUCGAGAAGGAGAACUUUGGCCUCAAGCUCAAGAUUCAUUUUCUCGAGGAGGCCCUGCGGAAGGCCGGCCCCGGCUUCAGCGAGGCUGCGCUCAAGGAGAACACGGAGCUCAAGGUCGACAAGGUCACCCUGCAACGCGACCUGCAGAAGUACAAGAAGCAGUUGACCAACGCCGAGAAGGACCUCGAGACGUACUCCGAGCAGAUAUUGAGCAUGCAGGAGAAGGCCAAGAAGAAGUAUGCCGACGAGAGCCAGAAGAUCGAGAUUGAGAGGUUAAAACAGGAGCUCGAGGACAAGGAGGCCGACCUCCACGAUCUGCAACAACAAUUGCAGAGGGGGAACCAGGAGUCCGAGAAGCUCGACAAGCUUCAGGACGAGAUAGCCGACCUCGAGGCCGACCUGCGGGAGAAGGAUCGUGAGAUCAACGACCGCGAAGAUGAGAUCGAGGGCAUCAAGGACAAGCUCGACGAGGAGGAGGAGAAGAGGAAGGCCGCCGAGGAGAGAGUGGCAGAGCUCGAGGAGCAGGCAGGAGCCAGCGACGAGUUACAAGAGGCCAAAGAGACCAUCGAGCAGUUGGAAGCAAACGUCCGCCGGUUUGAGGAGCAAGUCGAUGAGAUGAGGGAAGAGCUCGAGCAGGCCCGAGCGGACAAGGAACGGGCCGAGGGUGACCUCGAAGAACUGCAAGACGAGAUGUCAAACAAGUCCGUUGUCACCAAGGGGCUCUCCCGGCAGGUGGAAGAAAAAGCCGCCCGCUUGCAAGCCGAGCUGGACAAAUCGCAGGAGAAGUACGCUUUCCUCGAGCAGCAAUCCGCCGACAAGGACACAUUCACCAACGAACUGAAGACCAAGGCCAAGCAGCUCCUGCAGCAGAGGGAUUCUUGGGACGCCGAGCGACAGUCGUUGGCCUCCAAGCUGGAGCAGGCCGAGAAGGACCUUGGUGCGCGGACCGACGAGAAGAACUUGCUACAGCUCCGCCAUGAUGCAUUAGGCGCCGAGUCCGGCUCGUUACAAAAGGACGUCGCCCGUCUCCAGAAGCAGAUCGAAGGGCUGGAGGAGAGCCUAGACCAAGAGAAGGCGCAUGCCUUGCAUAUCGAACAGGACGUCCGGAACCAGUUCAAGGCCGAUAUAGACCGUCUUAACGACGAGAUCUCUGAUCUGCAAGCAGAACUACGGGAGAAGGACAACCUUUACGAUAACGACAGCGAGAAAUGGGAGAACGACAGGAACAACCUCGAGUCGGAGCGAGAUCGGGCCGAAGAACGGGCCGCUGGCCUCCAACGUACCAUCGACAAGUUACGCGAGGUUGAAGGCUCUCUUUCUGACAAGGAGUCGAGAUUGCAGGAAGCCCUGAACAGCGAGGCUGAUCGGCACAAGAACGAUCAGGCGCUCCUCAGCCGGCAGAUUGACGACCUACGGCAGGACUUGGACGCACGGCAAUCCAUGUUGACGGACUUGCGAUCCGAGGUCUCUGCGGUCCGAGACGAGCUUCGUCAAAGUCAGCUGGACUAUCAGUCUCAGGCCGAGAAAGCCGAAGCCCUUGAGGAUGAAAUCGAGGUCUUGCAGGCCACAUUGGACGAAGAAUCGGAACAAGCCGGCCAGAAUCUUGCUCAGGCCAAACAAGAAUGCGAGGACCUACGAGAACGACUGAGAGCUCUCCGGGACGAUGCUGAUAGUGCGCGGGCUACGAGCUCAGUAUCUCAGCAGACUAGUCGCCAAAACCAUGAGACACUCAGCCGCCUGCAAGGCCAGCUUUCCGAUGCCAACGCUCAGAUCAGCAGGGCUACCAAAGAGAAGCAUUCCCUGCAGGACCAGCUCACCAAUCUCAAUAUGGAACUCAAGGAACUACGUGCCUCCCUCGCCGAGACAAAAGCCGAACGGGAAGAGGCAGAGGAAGAGCUCCGCCGUUUCCGUCAACUCGACAAUGACACCUUCCGCAUUGACCAAGAGCGCAUCGAUCUUCGCACAGCCAAGGUUAAGCUGGAUAGCGAGGUGCGGCGUCUACGUGAUGAAAACCGAUCCCUAGAGACUCAGCGCGAGACAAUCGAGAGAUCUUUGGACGACGAGAUUGAGAGAGCCGCCGCCGAGGAAGAGCGCUUGAACAAAGAAAUCAUGGCAUUACAGUCCAAGAUGCGCCAGUCCAGCGGGAAUGAGAGUCAAGAGCUUGCGGCCGCGCGACGCACAAUCCGUGACCUGGAACGCAAGGUUGACGAGUACGAGGCUGAGAUCGCUGUACAGUCCCUGUAUCCGAACGGCACCUCGGGCGCCACAAUAGAAGGCAGCUCCGAGCUCUCGCUUAUGCGUCGAGAUCUCUCAUCGGCCCGGCAAAAGGAACUCGAGCUUUUACAGCGAGAAGCCGGGCACAAGGAUACUGUGCGUGGCUUGAAGCGACAGAUCGCAGACCUAGAGCGAAAGCUUCAUGAGGCCGAGAGGACACAGCUGAUCCGGUCCCCAGCUUCCCCGUCUGCGUCCAACUCGGCAUCCGCACGGAAGAAGGAGAUAUCUGAGCUGAGACAUCAACUCUCAACCGCAAACAAGUCACUGCAUGAUGUGCGCCAAAAACUGAGGGAUACCGAGCGCACUGCCUCGGCGAAAGCUGCAGAAUACGACAGCGUUGUCGGCGAUUUGCAGGCCCAGCUUGACGCCCUCGAGGAUGAGAAGCUGUCUCUCGAAUAUGCCGCCGCAGACUCGGAGAACGCCAUGGACGAACUCCAGAGUCAACACGAGAAAGCAGUCCGGAAGUUAGAGCACCAGAUAUAUAAGCUCGAGCACUCUGGCCCUUCACGCCAGAACAAGUCAUCGUUAGACGCUGAUCCUCUCGAGCCUACUGAGCGUCGCGAGCUUCGUGCCAUGCUCCGCGAAUCGCAAGCCGAGGUCAAAGCCCUGGAACACGACAUCCGUCAGCAAGCCGCCGUCAUCAAGUCUUACGAUGGCGCACAAGCUGCGUUGCGCCAGAAACUAGACAGGGUGCGCAGCGAGAGGGAGACCCUCCGGAACAGCGCCCGCAAGCUGCAGACGGAUUGUGAGCGUCUCCAGGAGGGCGCCCAGGAAGCCAUCGCCUGGAUCGAGUCUCACAACAUAAAGCGGCAGUCUGCAUCCAGCUCAGGCUCCUUGGCUGGCCCGACCUCUGCGGCCUAUGCAGCUGCGAAGGAGAUGGCGGCGCAAGGGCGGACUUCCAUCAGAUCCGCGUCAGGCGGCCUGGUGCUCGACGUAGUCGACCAGUCGGACCACGAGGCCGUGAUACGGGCAGCGGACGAAGCGUCCAGACGCCACGAGAAAGAGCUCAGGGGUCUAGCGAUGCAGAUGCGUUGGAUGCAGGCGCGGUGGGAACGUGAGACUAAGCUACGAAGCGAUGCGGCAUUCGCCAAGAGGUUCUUGGAGCUUAGAUUGAGCGUUGCUGAGGCAUGCAAUGCUGCAGACCUCCGGAUUCUGUCCCAGAUCCACAAGCAGCUAGGCAUCAAAUCGCCUGAAGCGCUGCUGCAGUCCCAAAAGAACCGUUCGUCCUCUUCUACUACGACAAAGUCCUCACAGAGUCACCUAGCCAGCGGCACGACGCAGCCUGCGGUGGUAGCAAGAGCCCAACACAACCUCCGCGUCUUUGCCAACGCGCUCCGGGCUGUGGCCCGCAUGCGCAUCAGCGCGCGCGAGUGGUCCAAGCACGAAAAGACGCGCCGCCGGCUCGAAAUUGCAUGGGAGGAGACCAAGCGGCGCGAGCCCGUCCGCAAGUGGGAGUACAACCAGGACGAGGAACAGGAUGAUCGUGACGAUGACGAUCAGGAGGCCGGAGAUCACCACGGCCAGCCUGCUGCUACGGGUAGCCGUGGACAGCAGAGGCGCAAGAGGAAGAGCGGGCGAGGUGGAGAUGAGGAUAUUUGCGUGGAGUUGAGGCUGUAG